AUGGAGAAAAACUUUCUAAAAUCUUACCACGAGGAGAUAUUAUCAUUUGUGUCCAAGCAUGAAUUGAGCAGAGUUAUUCAAGCAUUGAAAAUCGCAGACUGUGUCGCUCUGCAAAUUGACAAAUCUGUUGAUAAAUACAAUGCUGACAGUCUGUUUGUUACUUCCCGAUACAUGGACAACACUAAUUUUGAGAUGAAAGCUAGUUUUCUUGGCAAAUGCCACAGUGAGUUAAGAGGAGUAAUUGGGAUGGUCGAUGCUUUGCAGAAACGUUUCCAGUAUCUUAAAAUUGAAGAUGUCAUUAAAGCAAAGAUGGUGGGUCUCACGACAGAUGGGGAAAAUUCAAAUACUGGACGUCACGGAGGGUUGUGGUUAAAGAUGUCUGAGUAUUUAGGGCACAACAUGUUGACAUUUUAG